AUGAGAUUUCUGGUCUUUUCAUGGCUUUUCUUGAUGGCCAUUUACUCACUUUUCCUCACCAUUUCUGUCUUUGGGGUGUCUAGCCCAUGUUUCCGCAAUGAGCAGUCCUUGUUGUUGCAAUUGAAGAACAAUCUUACGUUUGAUUCUACUAUGUCCACUAAACUUGUUAAGUGGAAUCAAAGUGCUGAUUGUUGCUCUUGGGAAGGCGUAACCUGCAACGAGGGCCGUGUUAUUGGUCUCGACCUGACCAACGAAUCCAUCUCAGGUGGACUCGACAAUUCAAGCAGCCUUUUCAGUCUUCAGCAUCUCGAGAGCCUGAGUUUGGCUUAUAACGACUUCAAGUAUUCUCAUGAGAUUCCAUCAGAGUUUGACAAGCUUGCGAAUUUGAGUUAUUUGAAUCUAUCAAAUGCUUACUUUGUAGGGCAGAUUCCAAUUGCGAUUUCGCGCUUGACAAGGUUGGUUACUCUUGAUUUAUCUUCCGAUUAUUCCGUUUAUUACUUCAAUCACCUUCAUCUUGAGAAUCCAAAUUUUAAAGUGUUGAUUCAAAACCUUUCGGAGCUUAUGGAACUUAAUCUUGAUAGUGUACUUAUAUCAGCUCCAGGUAAUGAGUGGUGUCGGGCCUUAUCAUCUUCACUCCCAAAUUUGAGAGUGUUGAGCUUGUCAUCCUGCAAUCUUUUUGGCCCGAUUGAUUCCUCCUUGCGGAAUCUUCAUUCCCUCUCAAUUAUUCGUUUGAAUGAUAACAACUUUUCAGCUCCAGUUCCAGAAUUUUUUGCAGAUUUCAAAAAUUUGACAUCCUUGGAAGUCACCUCUUCUGGGUUGAAUGGAAAGUUUCCAAAAAAGAUCUUCCAAAUUUCAACCCUACGAAUGCUCGAUUUGUCAGAUAACGAUCUACUUGAAGGUUCUUUGCCAGAAUUUCCUCUAAAUGGAUCUCUUCAAACCAUGGAGCUCUCAGGUACAAAUUUUUCAGGGACAUUGCCACCUUCCAUUGGUCACCUUAAAAUGUUGUCAACAAUAAAUCUUUGGAAUUGCAAUUUCAUUGGACCAAUUCCAGACACAAUAGCAAGCCUCACACAAUUAGUCCAUUUGGACAUGUCACACAAUAGUUUCAGUGGAUCAAUUCCAAACUCAAUGGGAAGACUCACAAAAUUGGUCUAUUUGGACAUGUCUGUCAAUAAUCUCGGUGGAUCAAUUCCAAUUUUCAGCAUGACCAAGAAUCUAGAGCGUCUCGACUUGAGUGAGAAUUCACUAAAUGGCCCGAUUCCAAUUUCUCUGUUUUCUCUUCCAUCAUUGCGACAGGUAUGGCUUUCCAAGAACCAAUUUUCUGGUUUCAACAAUUUGGAAUUUUCCAACAAUAUUUCUUCUCACUGCUUGCUGGAAAGAAUUGAUUUGAGUAACAACAAUUUGGAAGGGCCACUACCCAUAUUUUUCUUGGAACUUCAGGGUCUUCAAUUCCUCUCACUUUCUUCAAACCACUUUAAUAGCUCCUUGCAGCUUAGUGUGAUUCCGAAGCUAAAAAAUCUUUAUUAUCUUGAUCUUUCACACAAUAAGUUGAAAACAUUUCCUGAUUUCUUGAGAAACCAAUCCAGUUUAUCAUUUCUAGACCUUUCAGACAACCAAAUCUAUGGAGAGAUACCCAAUUGGGUCUGGAAACAUCCUAAUCUUUCUGACGUAGAUCUCUCUUAUAAUUUUCUGGUGACUUUGGAAGGACCUAUCCUCAAUCUUUCUCUUUCCACCCUAGACCUGCACUCAAAUCAGCUCCAAGGGCAGCUCCCAAUCAUCUCAUCUGUCAAAUACUUGGAUUUCUCGAUGAAUCAUUUUCGUUCCUCCAUUCCAGCUAACAUAGGUCAGUCCCUUGCUUCCACUAGAUUUUUUUCUCUCUCAAGUAAUAAAUUGUACGGGAGCAUCCCUAGAUCAAUAUGCAACAUCACACAUCUUCUACUUUUAGAUCUGUCCAAUAAUUCUCUCAGUGGCACAAUUCCUGAAUGCUUGAUUUCGAUGAGUGGGAUGACUCUUCAGAUACUGGAUUUGAGAACAAAUAAUCUCAUUGGUACCAUUCCUGAGGGUUUUCCAAACUAUUGUUGGUUAGAAUUUUUAGGUCUCAAUGGAAACCAACUGGGAGGAGAGUUACCUAAAUAUUUGGCCAAUUGCACAUCGUUGAAGCACUUGGAUGUUGGAAAUAACCAUAUCGAGGGUAUCUUCCCAUUUUACCUGAAGAGCAUAACUUUUUUGAAGGUUCUUAUUUUGAGGAAUAACAAAUUUUACGGGCCCAUUACUCAUUUAAACCCUAAUGCUACAUGGCCAUGGCUUCAAAUUGUAGAUAUAGCCUUAAACAAUUUUACUGGUAGGCUUCCAAUAAUCCCCCAAUCUAACUGGGCAGCAAUGAUGGACGAUGUGGUGGCCCAAUCAAGGGAAGAACGAACCGAAGGAAGAAGCUUUGACUAUGGUUAUCGAUAUACAGUUACAAGUACUAUCAAAGGUUUAGCAUUGAAGUUGGUGGACAUCCAAACUAUCUUCACCAUCCUUGACUUUUCUUGCAACAAUUUUGAUGGUCCUAUUCCCGAAGAAAUUGGAGGGCUCGCGUUGCUAUAUAUUCUCAACCUGUCGCAUAAUGCUUUGACUGGUCAAAUCCCUCCAUCUUUGGGGAAAUUGAAUAAUCUUGAGUCACUGGAUUUGUCAAACAACGAGCUUUCUGGUAAGAUUCCUGUGCAACUUGCUGAUGGUCUUAAUUUCUUAUCCGUUCUCAACCUUUCGUUCAAUCAAUUGGUGGGGCAAAUUCCAUUCACCAAGCAAUUCGGUACAUUUUUAGAAAAUUCCUUUAAAGGAAACAAAGGAUUAUGUGGUUUGCCUUUGAAAUCAAAAUGCACAUAUGAGGAGCCACCUCCAACAUAUGAAGAAUCUCAUUCAAAUUCUAGGAUUGUGAUUGAGUGGAAUUACAUAAGUGCUGAACUGGGAUUUGUUUUUGGCUUCGGAAUUGUAAUUGGGCCCCUUAUGUUUUGGAAGAGAUGGAGGAUAUGGUACUCCAAACAUGUUGAUGACAUUCUUUUCAAGAUCUUCCCUCAACUAUAUCUUAGAAAUGAACGUCGUCGAAGAUGA